UGCGGAGCGCGGCCCGGCCGCGCCGGAGGGGAACCCGUCACCUGGGCUGCUCGGGCCGCCGAGGUCUGGCGUCGUCAUGGACUCUCCGUGGGAUGAGCUGACCCUGGCUUUCUCCCACACUUCCAUGUUCCCCUUUUUUGACAUCGCCCACUACCUAGUGUCGGUGAUGGCGCUGAGGCGUCAGCCAGGAGCAGUAGCAGUGGCAUGGAAGAAUCCUGUGUCAAGUUGGUUUACUGCCAUGCUCCACUGCUUUGGUGGAGGAAUUUUAUCCUGCAUACUGCUUGCAGAACCUCCACUAAGGUUUCUUGCAAACCACACUAAUGUUUUACUGGCAUCUUCAAUCUGGUAUAUUACUUUUUUUUGCCCAUGUGACCUAGUUUCCCAUGGUUAUUCAUACCUACCUGUUCAGCUCCUGGCUACGGGAAUGAAGGAAGUGACCAGAACUUGGAAAAUAGUAGGUGGAGUCACACAUGCUAACAGCUAUUACAGAGAUGGUUGGAUAAUCAUGAUAGUUAUUGGAUGGGCCCGAGGUGCAGGGGGUGCCCUUAUCACAAACUUGGAGCAGUUGUUAAAAGGAGAUUGGAAGCCAGAAGGUGAUGAGUGGCUAAAAAUGUCAUACCCAUCCAAGGUAACCCUGCUGGGGUCAGUUAUGUUCACAUUCCAGCACACCAAGCAUCUGGCAGUAUCAAAGCAUAAUCUUAUGUUCUUUUAUACCAUCUUUCUUGUGACCACUAAGAUAACCAUGAUGGUUACAGAGACUUCUACCAUGACACUUGCUCCUUUAGAAGAUAUAUUGAGUCGGAUGCUGUUUGGCUGGCAGCAGCAGUUUUCAUUGUGUAGAAAGAAAAGUGAAACAAAAGCAUCUUUCAAUGGCACUGGCUCAUCUACCUCAAAGCCUAUACCAGAGGAUGUGGUGGAAAAUAUUAAAAAGAAAAACACUAAGAAGACUGAAUAAAUUUACCUGAUGAGCUGCUCUAAAAGGCAAAAAAAAAAAAAAUCUCAUCUACCUAUCAGAUUUUGAUAUUCUAUGUAAAUGAUGUGAAAUAAAGAUUUUACAAGGUGUGGAGGUGACAAAGGGAAGGAAUUCUUUGUUUCAGGGAGACUACCACUUUCACGAUUGUAACUCCUGAGUGUUAGAAUGAGUGUAUCAUGUAAAUUUAUUUUUUUUGAUAUGUAAGAUAUUCUCUUGUUUCUUUGAAUAGUUUUAUAUUUAUAAAAGAAAGGUAACUUUUUAAAUGUAAGAAAAAAAUAAACCUAUUGUAAAAAUUACAGACUUUUCAACCUUUUCAAAACUUAGAUAUUUUUACAUUUUUAAAAUUUGAUUUGAAUUGAGCUUUAGUUCAUCAGAAUUAAAUACUUCACGUCACCAUUAUGGUUCCUUGUAAUUAGAAUAAAUUCCUAUCUAGUUUUGAACAUUAAAAACAGCCAACUGUCCCUACAGUGCUUUUAAUAUAAAUGAAAAUAAUUUUCAAUCUUAUAUUUGAUAAGUAUUAUAAUUUUGCCCACAGUAAAUGGAAAUAUACUUGAAAUUUAAUUUUAUAUCUCUAAUGUUUUUAGGUGAGAUCACAAUAUUAGUACAAGUCCCAAUCUAUAGUCUAUUUCAUGCCUUUGUUUAAAAACAUUUUUUUCUGAAAAGAAAAUCCAGGGUGCAGUUUGUGUGUGUGUGUGUGUAUGUGUGUGUGUGUGUGUGUGUGUGUGCUGUGUGUGUGUGUGUGUGUGUGUGUGUGUGUGUGUGUGUGUGUGGCCCAGGGACCUCAAACUUGCCAGCAUCCUGAGAGCUAGAAUGACAGGCGUGGGCACCGCACCAGGUUACAGUUGUAAUUUUUAAAAAAUAUGAAUCCUAUAUUUAAAACUUUCAUUUUGAGCUUAGUUUUAUUACUUUUUCUAAAACACAUUUGUUUCAGCUGUAGGAAACAUUCUUCUCUGCAUUGCACAUGCUCUUUCCAGCUUCAGUUGGUGGCAGCUAGCUUAAUGAUUGAACAAAAAUUAUAUCCACUAGAAUUUUUUCUUUUUAUGUCUCCUUUCUAGUGGCUGCCUUUUCAGUUUUAAUGUCUCUUGGUAGUUUGUAUAUGGUUAUGUUUUAUCUUAAUCUACAUAUACAGUAUGAAUUUUAUUUUAAAUGAAAACUAAUUAUUUCAUGUGUAAAUGCUCAGCUCUAAUGAGAAUUGUUCUUGUGCAUUUGUUGGUACCAGCUAACAGAAACAGAAACAGAACCUUAUAUAGUCGUCUAUUUGAAUGAAGACAUUAUAUCUGAUCUCUUAUUGCCAAACUAACAAUAAAACAAGAAAAGAUACUAAAUGCUGGCAGGCUUUCUUGUUUUAUUGUAUGGGGUUUAGAAGUCUGAUUGAAACUCUGUGAUAUGAUUUCUUACACCAAGACCAUGAACUUUCUACCUGUAUCAGGUAUUGUAGGAUGGCAUAGAAGUACUCAAAUUGCAUUCAUAUCAAGAGUUGUUGGCUUUUUUAUUUCAAACACAUAAACACCAGCAGAUACUAUCAUUUUUGGGGGGAGCACUUUUGAUAACUUGGAAUAAAAUAUUGUGACAAAGCAUUGUUUAAUUCUGUAUUAUAUUUGAUAUUCUAGUUAAAAUCUAUUUAAAACUUACAUGUUAUUGUCUGUUUUGGAAUUUGAAUUUAUUGUUGGAAUGGUAGAAAUCUUGUUUUAUUGUGUUAAUGGAAAAUUCAUUAAAAUAAGUUAUGUAUCACCAA